CCAAUCAGAAGGACGCUGGAGGCGGCAGGCGCAGAAAGGGGAGAGAAGCGCGGGGCGGGAGGCCGAGGUCCCGCCCGGAGGCAGCAGCCCGCCUACCUGAGCCACGGCUUCUCCCCCAGGUGCUCCUGCCCCGCCGGCGGCCUACCCCGAGGCUGACGCCCGCGAUGGCCUUCGCAAAUCUGCGGAAAGUGCUCAUCAGUGACAGCCUGGACCCUUGCUGCCGGCAGAUCCUGCAGGAUGGAGGGCUGCAGGUGGUGGAGAAGCAGAACCUGAGCAAAGAGGAGCUGAUGGCCGAGCUGCGGGACUGUGAAGGCCUCAUCGUCCGUUCGGCCACCAAGGUGACUGCUGACGUCAUCAACGCAGCAGAGAAGCUCCAGGUGGUGGGCAGGGCUGGCACAGGCGUGGACAAUGUGGACCUGGAGGCUGCAACCAGGAAGGGCAUUCUGGUCAUGAACACCCCCAAUGGGAACAGCCUGAGUGCUGCAGAGCUCACCUGCGGGAUGAUCAUGUGCCUGGCCAGGCACAUCCCCCAGGCGACAGCUUCCAUGAAGGACGGCAAGUGGGAAAGGAAGAAGUUCAUGGGAACAGAGCUAAAUGGGAAGAUCCUGGGAAUUCUUGGCCUGGGCAGAAUUGGGAGAGAGGUGGCCACUCGAAUGCAGUCCUUUGGGAUGAAGACCGUAGGGUACGACCCCAUCAUUGCGCCAGAGGUCUCGGCCUCCUUUGGUGUCCAGCAGCUGCCCCUGGAGGAGAUCUGGCCUCUCUGUGACUUUAUCACUGUGCACACACCUCUGCUGCCCUCCACCACAGGCCUGCUGAACGACAGCACCUUUGCCCAGUGCAAGAAGGGGGUGCGCGUGGUGAACUGCGCUCGGGGAGGGAUCGUGGACGAGGGGGCCCUGCUCCGGGCCCUGCGCUCUGGCCAGUGUGCUGGUGCCGCGCUGGACGUGUUUACAGAGGUGAGUGCCUGGAGGCCGCCACGGGACCGAGCCUUGGUGGAGCAUGAGCGCGUCAUCAGCUGCCCCCACCUGGGCGCCAGCACCAAGGAGGCCCAGAGCCGCUGCGGGGAAGAGAUCGCCAUCCAGUUUGUGGACAUGGUGAAGGGGAAAUCUCUGGCAGGCGUCGUGAAUGCCCAGGCCCUUACCAGUGCCUUCUCUCCACACACCAAGCCUUGGAUUGGUCUCGCAGAAGCUCUGGGGACGCUGAUGCAAGCCUCUGGAUCCCCCAAAGGGACCAUCCAGGUGGUAACACAGGGGACGCCCCUGAAGAACGCCGGCAACUGCCUAAGCCCUGCAGUCAUUGUCGGCCUCCUAAAGGACACUGCCAGUCAGGCGGAUGUGAACUUGGUGAACGCCAAGCUGCUGGUGCAAGAGGCCGGGCUCAGUGUGCGUGGCCCCCGGAACGCUCCUUUCCUGUCCGCCCCGCCCCCCUGUCCCUCCCUUUGCAGAGCCUGCUCGCCCCUGCUCCUGGAGUGGGAGCCCGGGCAGGUCCCGCUGUUGACACCGGCCGCCGGCCGGGCAGCCGAACCUCCCCGUCGAGCAGCGGGAGUACUGCCUUCCUCGGAGCGUUGCUAGGAGUGAACGAAAUAC